CCUUUUGAAGAAGAUGAAAAGGACCCUACUAUCUGCUUUCUUGAUCAUAACUACCACGAAUCAAUGUUUUCCAUGUUCAGAAUGAUAAAUGCCGAGGAUCAUGUUGUUGGCUGGUAUAGCACUGGUCCAAACCUAAAGGAUAAUGACCUAUGUGUACAUGGUCUUUUCAGUGACUAUGUUCCCACUCCAGUGUUGGUCGUUAUUGAUGUCCAACCAAAAGAGCUUGGGCUACCUACUAAAGCGUAUUAUGCAGUUGAGGAGGUUCAAGAGAAUACCACUCAAAAAAGGCAGAAGGUAUUUGUGCAUGUACCUUCUGAAAUUGCUGAUGAUAAAGUUGCAGAAAUUGGAGUUGAAUAUCUGCCAAGAGAUGUAAAAGACACUACUAUCAGCACCCUUGCUACUGAGGUGAUAAGGAAACUCGCUGCUCUGAAGGGAUUGGAUGCACAAUUGGAACUGAUCCGAAGUUAUUUAGACCUGGUUAUAGAAGGGAAGCUCCCAAUAAACCAUAAAAUCCUCUACCAUCUCCAGGAUGUGUUCAACUUACUCCCAAAUCUUAAUGCAACCAAAGCUGCCAAAGCAUUUGCCGGUAAUCAAGUUAGAUGA